CGCAGUCACAGACUCACAGUCCCAUUUCCCGCGUUUCUAACAAUUUUCCCGCUUCUCGUCGAAACCCUAAUUGCGAAAAAUGGGAACCAAACACCACUCUUCCGACACCGUUUCCGAUCCCAAAAAGCGCCGAAAGGUUGGAUUCUCCAAAGUCGAUGAAGGGGUUCAACCCAAUGACUGCAUCAAAAUCUACAUGGUUUCUAAAGAAGGUGAAGUGGGCUCUGAAGAAAGCUUCUCUAUUGAACCGGUUGACUUAAGUCCCUUCUUUGAAGAAGAUGGAAAAAUAUAUGGCUACCAGGGGUUAAAGAUUACUAUUUGGAUCAGCAGCAUUUCAUUUCAAGCAUAUGCUGAUAUAUCUUACGAGAGCACAUGUGAUGCUGGGAAAGGAGUCACAGAUCUUAAAUCUUCUCUACAGAAUAUUUUCGCAGAUAAUCUUGUUGAGACAAAAGAUGAUUUCCUCAAAACGUUUUCCACCGAGACUCGUUACGUAAAGUCUAUGAUCUCAGAUGGAAAAGUAGUUAGCAAUGGGUUGGAUGCACAUUUUAAAGCUGAUUGUGCUGAGCUGGAGGUUGUUCGUGUUGAGGGCUCAGCAAUGGGUCUUCUUUACUGUAGAUUGGUACCACUCGUCCUUCUUCUCGUUGACGGUAGCAAUCCCAUUGAUGUUACUGAUCCGGAUUGGCAAGUUUACCUUCUAGUGGAGAAGAAAAUUGAUGAACAGGAAACUCCACAAAAGUUGUUUGGUUUUGCUGCACUUUAUCGGUUUUUUCAUUACCCUGAUAGCCACAGGCUGAGACUUGGGCAGAUACUGGUAUUCCCUCCAUACCAACGCAAAGGCUACGGAGGUUAUCUUCUUCAAGCAAUCACCAACAUGGUAGUUGCAGACAACGUGUACGAUCUCUCAAUCGAAGAGCCACUAGACUCAUUACAACACGUUAGGGCUUGCAUUGACGUACCCCGUUUACUUUCUCUACAAGCAAUCCAGCCAUCACUAAACGCAACCGUCAGCCGUCUAAAAGAAGAAAAUCUAGCCAAACGAACCCAAAUUACCCGUUUCGCCCCACCGUCAGAAACCAUCGAAGAAGUGAGAAAAACGCUCAAAAUCAACAAGAAACAGUUUUUACAAUGCUGGGAGAUUUUAAUCUACUUAGCUCUUGACCCUGUUGAAAAAUAUCUCGAGAAUUUUCGUACUGUUGUUUUGGAUCGGAUUAGGGCUGAUGUCAUCGGUAAAGAUACCGGUGCAAGUGGGAAGCGGCUGGUCGAGGUCCCCACGGAGUUUGAUUCGGAAGUAUCGUUUGUGAUGUUUAAGUCGAAUGGAACCGGUGAGGAGUUUAAGGAAGCAGAGAUUGAAGAAAGCGAUAAGGUGAAACAAGAGGAGCAGCUGCAGAAACUAGUCGAUGAAAGGAUUGAAGCGAUAAAGUUGGUUGCGGAAAAAGUGCGCGUUACGAGCUCUUGAAUGUUAUUGAUGGUUUUUUAAUGAUGACUUUAUAUGAAUUUUAAGAGUUUUGCAACUUUUUAGAUGUUUGAGGUGUUUGUAACUUCUAUUGAGCUUGCAAGAUUUAUAACUUUUUCAAAAUCAGUUUUUGCUUGA